AUGGCCACUCUCAACGUCAUCGCCCUUGUCUCGGGAGGCAAGGACAGCUUCUAUUCGCUGCUGCACUGCCUUGCUAACGGCCAUCGGGUUGUUGCCCUGGCUAACCUGCACCCUCCUCCCCUCCCGGCUGACAAGGCAGAUGCGGACCUCAACAGUUUCAUGUACCAGACUGUCGGCCACGAAGUGAUCCCGCUGUAUGCAGACGCCACGGGGCUUCCACUCUACCGUCACGCCAUCACCGGUGGCGCCGGGGACUCGAAGAGGGACUACGGAGGGUCUGUGGCGCACCACGAUGAGGAUGAGACCGAGAGCAUGGUACCGCUCCUGAGGAGGGUUAUGGCCGCCCACCCAGAGGCCAACGCAGUUUGCGCCGGCGCCAUCCUGAGCACCUACCAGCGCACGCGUGUCGAGUCGGUGGCGUUGCGGCUGGGGCUUGUGCCGCUCGCGUACCUGUGGAAGUACCCAGCCAUCGCGGGGCCCACGUCGCCUGGCCCUGUACCGGGUGACGACGGCGCCCACCUAUUGCGCGAUAUGGCGAAUGCGGGUCUCGAGGCGCGCAUCGUCAAGGUAGCGAGCGGCGGCCUGGAUGAGGACUUUCUCUGGGAGGACGUCGCUAGCCUCAAGGGUGUUGCGAGGCUCGUCAGGGCCAUGUCUCGAUUCGGGUGUGGGAGUGCCGGAGAUGGCGCCGUCCUGGGCGAAGGUGGUGAGUUCGAGACCUUGGUUGUUGACGGGCCCUGUUGUCUGUUUAAAAAGAAGAUUCUCGUCCAAGAUCAAGACAAGAGGGUCAUCAAGGAAGGAGGCGGUACCGCGUGGCUUCGCAUAGUCAAGGCCGAGGUUGUGGAGAAGACCGCCCAAGAAGAUGGUGAUAAUGGCCUGGAGAAGCUUCGAUCUCUGGUCAGAUUUCCUAAGAUGCUGGAUGAGCGCUUUUCUGGGGUCUUGGCAGCCGUUUCCUCGGCGUCUAGUGAAGCAUCUGGCUUAGUCAAAGACCAGAAGAACCUCAACAAUUGGCAUGGAAGCAACACGCUCGCCCAUGGCUACUCCAGACUCGAGCAGUGGAAUUUCGUGGCGGGCGCUGGCACUGCCUCGUCUGUCGUAGAGGAAACUCAAAUCAUCGCGGAUAAUAUUCGUGGGCGUCUGACCGCGCGAGGAAUGUCUGCCACCAACAUAAUCUCGGCAACUAUCGUUCUACGGCGCAUGGCUGACUUUCCUGCUGUCAACUCCGUAUACGGCUCUCUCUUUGUAGCCCCGAACCCGCCUUCUCGAGUCACCAUAUCGAGUGGAAACUUGUUGCCUUCGGGGUGCGAUAUCUACAUUUCCUUGUCCGUCUUGGACGUUCCAAAUCCGUCGAUUAUGGACACGAAUGUGAGGGAUGGCCUGCAUGUGCAGUCCCGUUCUUACUGGGCACCGGCCAACAUUGGUCCCUACAGUCAAGCCAUAACAUUGCCCCUUAAUCUCAUUGCACAACCCAAUACGAGGCGUCAUCAAGGUGAUGAUGCAGUGACAUCAAACCAGUCAUCGGCCUCAGGUCCCAGACUAGUUCUCAUCGCUGGCCAGAUUCCUCUUGUCCCUGCAACUAUGGAGCUUCCCCGUCCUGGUGAUCAAGAAACCGAACUCGAUGUCUUUAUAUUCAACGCUACACUGUCAUUGCAGCAUCUCUGGAGGAUAGCACAGGACAAGGAAGUACAGUGGUGGAGCAGUGCUGUGGCAUAUACCUCAAAGACUGACAAUGUCGAGACCGCUCGACGAAAGGCUGUAGCCGCUGCCACUGUCUGGGCGAAAGCUCACAAUUCCGGGGGAGAUGGUGAUGAUGCAAGUGAUGACGACAGUGGCCCCGACAUUUGGGACAGAAAGUAUAAUCCAGCUUUUAUGGAUUACAAGGAUCGGCAAGACCAAAGCAGCUUUCAUCUUCCCAAUUUUGAAGUCAUCAGCCAGCCAAGCACCAUGGGACAACCAGUGCAAGCCGUGACCACCGUUCCACCUUUCUUCUUGGCCGAGGUUGAGGAGCUUCCGCGCCAGUCGGAUGUCGAGUGGCAUGCCCAAGCCGGAUUCUCGAAUCUCGAGGCCCGAAGUGUUACUUUGCGCAGCCUCUCGUCGCCAUCGAGUGAGGCUUCUGACCCGCAAUCACGAUCUUGGGACGCGCAUCAGACUCUUGUCAAGAUUCGGGAAUCAACUUUUGUUCACACCACAGUGGCUAUAAAGCGUGAUGUCAAACCUGGAGAUAUGCCCAUGGCUGCCGAGUCUCUUGCAGAUGAUAUCAGGUCGGUGAUGCUUUCACUGUCGAAACCUGCGGCUGCGAGCAAGUCUGAUUCUAACCUGCCACGCGAGGAUAAAAUAAACGAUUACCAACUCCUCUAUUUCGAUGCAUCACUCGCCGCCGUUCCUCAACUGACCGAAUCAUGUGCGGUCAUACCCUGUCGGUCAUUGUGGAAUAGUCAAGGCGAACGGGUGGCUGCACUUGCUUUCAGCAGGCAAGCAAGUAAUGAGCAUUGA